AGGUAAUAUUAUUGUUCGUUAUUUAUAUCAUCUUUUUUUCAUGUUACCUUACUAUCAAAAUUUGUUCAACUAGUUUCCAUGCAUGGAUUUCAUCAAGGCAUAUACCUAUUGCCGGAUUCUAUCAGUGUUGUGAUUUUAGUCUUACUGAAAUGGAAGCUGGAAGGUCUAAUGGUCCUAAAUAUGAGUGCUUGCUCUUCGAUAUGGAUGACACUCUAUACCCUUUGAGUUUGGGGAUCAAUAUGGCUUGUCGCAAGAAUAUAGAAGAGUAUAUGCUGCAUCACAUGCAUAUUGAAGAAAGUGAGGUCCCUAGGCUGUGCUUAGAGUUGUACAAAGACUAUGGGACGACAAUGGCUGGCCUCAAGGUGAUGGGGUACGAAUUUGACAAUGAUGAGUUUCAUGCUUAUGUUCAUGGAAGGUUGCCGUAUGAGUUGCUACAGCCUGAUCCUGUGCUACGUAAUCUCCUGCACUCCAUGCCCCAACACAAAAUAAUCUUCACUAAUGCAGACAAAGCACACGUAGCUCAAGUGCUUAGUAGAAUGGGAUUGGAAGAUUGCUUCCACGGUGUUAUAUGCUUCGAAACUCUGAACCCUCCACUUAAAAGCAUGGAUGGGACUGUAGAAGCUCAGAUGAGUAAUGGAAACUUGAGCCGUAAGACUCAAAUCCUCUGCAAGCCUUCCGUCGAAGCAAUGGAAGCUGCUAUUCGUAUAGCAAAUGUUGAUCCGAACAAAACAAUAUUCUUCGAUGACAGCAUUCGCAACAUUGUUAGCGGCAAAGCAGCAGGGCUCCACACCGUAGUUGUGGGAAGAUCUACUCUAGUUCCAGGUGCAGAUCAUGCUUUAAACAGCAUACACAAUAUAAAGGAAGCCUUGCCUGAGAUAUGGGAAGAUGAAGUGGAGCACUUGGAGCAAAUAAUCCAAUCUUCUGCAGUAGAAACUGUGGUCCUAGCAUAGACAACACUAGUAUCAACAUUCUGUAUGUACCAUGAGAAUCACAAAACCUAUUAACUGGAGGAGACUACUUACCAGAUAUACUGUAAUCAUGCCUAUCAAUCAAUAAAGUUCCAUAUUAUAUGAAA